AUGAAGGUCUAUGUCCCCACAGUGUUUGAGAAGUACUCUGCCUCUUUCCAGAUUGGCGGCAAGCCGGUGCAAAUCAAUCUGUGGGACACAGUGGGGCAGGAAGAUUACGACAGGCUCUGCCCCCUCUCCUACACAGGAGCCCACGUGAUUCUCAUGUGCUUCGACGUCACCAGUCCCAACAGCUUCAACAACAUUCUCACAAAGUGGUACCCGGAGGUGAAUCACUUCUGCAAGGGCAUCCCCAUCGUGCUGGUGGGCUGCAAGACUGCUGACAAGGUCCUUCUGAGGCAGCUCCACGAGGACCAGCUGGAGCCCAUCACCUACCAUAAGGCAGAGGCCAUGGCCCGGGAGGUGCACGCUGUCACCUACCUUGAGUGCUCGGCCAAGUACCAAGAGAACAUCACCGACAACUUCAUGGAGGCCUCCAGCGCUGCCUUGAGCACCAUGCGGAAGGGCCAGCGUAAACGAAAACCCAAGAGAAGCUGCCUGCUCUCCUAG